AUGACGGAGUACCUCAACGACUUGGCAUCGGCCAAGCCGGGGGAGUCGAUGCCACCCGUCAACCUGGGGCCGUACGACAACCCGCUGCUGUGGAAUAAGCUGGAUCCCUUCGGUGCUGAUCGUGGUCACCAGCGUCGUCCAAUGACAGUGUCACGUGACUUCAUGGAGCUGAACCAGGUACCCAUCGUCUAUCGUGAUCACUGCGUGCACCGCUGGAUUCCGUUCAACCGUUGUAUGCGGAACUUAAAGCCUGUGACGUGGGGUACGGUGAACUGCCACGAGUUCGAAGAGUCGUGGAUGGUAUGCAGGGCGCACGAGACUUACCGCCUGCAGCUCUUAAAAAGCAAGUUCAUGGAGCUGACGAAGGACUACACAGCAGAGGACAAGAAGUUCUUCCCUAGCAUCCUGUAUCUUGGCAUUCCGUACUACAUGCCGUCCUUCUACUGGAAUCUGGCAGCAUCACAGCGACUUAGCGGGUGGGAUGAGAAGGACCCUGCGAACCCAGUCAUGUGGCGGGAGCCGAACCGCUCCCUCAUGCGCUCCGAGUUCUCGCCAACCAACUGGGAGAAGGGUACCAUGACUAGCGCCUAUGGCCACAAGCUCAUUCCGGAUGAGAUUGUGUAUGACAUGGUGCCAGGAUUUCCUCUGCCAGAGGAGAAGCGUCCCCAGGCCGCUUAA